AUCACACCCACUGCAUCUGUACACCACCACCGCAUCUCUGCCACGGAGGACCGGGAGGUCUCAGAGAAAGAGAAUGAGUUCCGGGGCGAGCUGGUGAAUCAGCGCUGGACGCGAGGGGAGAGGAUCAGCCGCUGCGGACCCACACUCCGACUAAAGAGCCCGCCAAUCAACAUGAGUCUGGACACUGAUGAGAAGCGCACCCGCACCACGCGCUCCAAAGGAGUCCGAGUUGCUGUUGAUGUAGUAGGACAAGACCUCAGCUGCCCCACGCCAGGAUGCAAUGGCUCUGGCCAUGUCAGUGGGAAAUAUGCCCGACACAGAAGUGCACUCAGCUGCCCCUUGGCUCGGAAGCGGCGUCUGCAAGAGGCGGAGCUAGAACAGGAAGAGCCCGCCUCCAAGAGGAAGUCCAACCCCCUCAAGCUGGCCAUGGACGAGGGCUACAGCGCAGACAGCGACGUGAGCAACGAGGAAGUCGAGCAGAAAGAAGAAGGGGAAGAGGAGACGGAAGAGGAAGAGGAGGAGAGAGACGUGGAGGGAGGAGGGAAGAAGGAGGCAGAGGAGAAGGAGGAGGAGUCACAGAAGGAGGUGUCUACACCUCUUGAGAAAGAGGAGGAGCCACAACUGCCGGAACUGAAGCAGCGCGAGGAAGAGGAGGCUGAGGAGCAGGAGGAGGAAGAGGAGUGUAUGAUCAUCGAGACCUCCAGCCCGCAAAAGCCCAACGCUCCUAUUGGCGAAGAGAUCUCCUCCUACCAGCAGAUGGCCGUCAGCUCCCUGCUCAACCUCAGCAAGGUGACCCAAGAUGAGACGCAGCAGCCUGAAACACCUCCACCGGGACCACCACCUCCACCAGGGCCACCACCUCCACUCAUCAGUGAGGAGCACAGGAAUGGCCAGGGAGGCUCCGAACACUCAGAGGAAGAGGAGGAGGAGGAGGAGGAAGAAGAUGGCAAAGAGCAGGCCGGGAAAGAGGUGGGAGGGGAGGGUGAUCAGGAGGAGGAAGAGGAGCAGCAGCAGGGAGAGGAGCAGCACGAGAUGAAGGAUGAAGAGGAUGAGACAGCAGACACGGCUGAGAGGCCGAAGGACUCGUCCGACCACCAGUACUUCAACGAGGAGCUGCAAGAACAGCCUGAGAACCAGCAACACAUGGAGGAAGAUCAGGAGCAGGAGGAGGAAGAGGAAGAGGAGAUGGAGAGGCAGGGACAGAGGCAGACGGAGAGACCGGUGACACCUACUCCCGAGCCCAACCAUGGUAGGCAGGAGGAAGAGGAGGACUAUGAGGAUGAAGAUGAAGAAGAUGAAAUUGAAGAGGAAGAACGCCACCAUGAUGAGCGAGUGCAGCGAGGAGAGUUCAUCACACAGGUACGGCCCAACAUCAUCACCAGCAGCCACAUCAUCUCCCACGCACACAGCCAACUGGAAAGACGCAGCAACGGCCACCACCACCAUCACCACCACCACCACAACGUCCAACAGCAACGACAUGGCGACAUGGAGCGAGAACGCGACAGCUACAUCACCCCCAACGUCACCUCCCCGAUGUACGUCCCCGUCCUGCGCAAGGCCGAGUUGUCGUCGGUGUCACCUCCCGUGGUCAUCGACGUGCGCUCGGAGGGCUCCGAGAGGGCGGACGAGGACGAGGAGGAUGUCGACGAUCGCGAGAGGGACGGUGACGGUGACGACGAGGGAGACGAUGACGACAGCCUGUCGCAGCGCUCGGCCGAGUCGGAGAUGUUCGACAUCGCCCGCGGCAACCUUGGGCUCCUGGAGCAGGCCAUCGCGCUCAAGGCCGAGCAGGUGAGGGGCCCCAGAGGACCAGGAGGAGUAGGAGGACCCGGGGGCCCCCUGGGACGUCUCUCCGAGCACCACCGCUUCUUCACCUUCGACGAGAGGCCCAGCACCAAGCACCUGGACGGCCUGCGCAAGAGCUACUUCAGCAAAGACACCCCCAGGCAGGAGAAGCGAGAGAUCAAAUGCCCCACCCCCGGCUGUGACGGCACGGGCCACGUGACGGGCCUGUACCCCCACCACCGCAGCCUGUCGGGCUGCCCCCACAAGGACAGGAUCCCGCCCGAGAUCCUGGCCAUGCAUGAGAAUGUUCUGAAGUGCCCCACCCCCGGCUGCACAGGACAGGGCCACGUCAACAGCAACCGCAACACCCAUCGCAGCCUAUCAGGAUGUCCCAUCGCCGCCGCUGAGAAACUCAACAAGGGCCACGACAACAAGCAUCUCCCCCAGCCUAUGAGCGAACAUCCCAAAGGAAGCCCCAACUCUGACCGAGUACUCAGGCCCAUGUGUUUUGUCAAGCAGCUGGAGAUGCCCCAGUACGGCAGCUACAAGCCCAGUAUGGUGUCCGGGACACCGCGCGCCAACCUGGCCCGGGAGCUGGAGAAGUACUCCAAGGUGUCCUUCGACUAUGCAAGCUUCGACGCGCAGGUCUUCGGCAGGCGCAUGCUCGCUCCAAAGAUGCCCACCAGCGAAACCUCACCCAAAGCCUUCAAAUCCAAACUCUCCUUCCCCAGAGCUCCGUCCCCCAGCCACCCUGGUCUCCAUGGCAGUAGCGGUGGUGGUGCUGGUGCUGGUGCUGGCGGUGGGCACGGUGGUAAAGGCUACGACUACUCCCAUGAUGCCGAGGCUGCCCACAUGGCCGCCACCGCCAUCCUCAACCUGUCAACGCGCUGCUGGGAGCAGCCCGAGAACCUCAGCACCAAGCCCCAGGACAAGACUAUGGCCAUUGAGGUGGAUGAGAACGGCACGCUGGACCUCAGCAUGAAGAAGCCGGUGAAGCGGGAGGGUAGCAUGUCAGGCGCCAGCCCCGGAGUGCGCUCCCCGGACCCCUCCUCUUCCUCCUCCUCCUCCUCCUCGCUCCUCUACGGCCACAGCGGCAUGGCCUCCCCCCACUCGGCCCACGCCUACAAGCAGGAGGAGUGGGACGGUCCCCUGGACUACACCAAGCCCAACCGCCAGCGAGAGGAGGACAUGGACGAGAUGGAGCACACCGCUCCCCUGUCGUUCGCCUCCUCUGACCCCGAGGACUGCGAGAUGAUGCAGGACCUGGAGGACAGGAAGUACCCGGGGGAGGUCACGACCCCCAGCUUCAAAGUCAAAUUUCAGUCCCCCAAGGACGCCAAGAAGGAAUUACUGUCGUGCCCCACCCCAGGAUGCGAUGGUAGUGGCCACAUCACCGGAAACUAUGCAUCGCAUCGCAGCCUGUCUGGGUGUCCUCUUGCUGAUAAGAGUCUUCGGUCCCUCAUGGCAGCACACACUCCUGAACUCAAGUGCCCCACUCCUGGAUGUGACGGUUCUGGUCAUAUUACUGGUAACUACGCCUCUCACAGAAGUUUGUCUGGUUGUCCGCGCGCCAAGAAAAGUGGAAUAAAAACGACUCCUACCAAGGACGACAAGGAGGACUCGGAGCUCAUAAAGUGUCCAGUGCCGGGCUGUGACAGCCUGGGUCACAUCAGUGGGAAGUAUGCCACCCACCGCAGUGCCUACGGCUGCCCACUGGCCGCCCGCCGCCAGAAGGAGGGCCUGCUGAACGGCAACCCCUUCUCCUGGAAGGCCUUCAAGACCGAGGGCCCCACCUGCCCCACGCCAGGCUGCGACGGCUCCGGACACGCCAACGGCAGCUUCCUCACCCACCGCAGUUUGUCUGGUUGUCCCAGGGCCUCCCUUGCCAAGAAGAAGGCUCGCCUGCCUGAGGACGACUACCUCAGCACCAAGUUCAGGGCCAGUGAUGUUCUGGACAAUGAUGAGGACAUCAAGCAGCUGAACAAGGAGAUCAAUGAGCUCAGUGAGUCCAACAACGAGAUGGAGGCCGACAUGGUCAAUCUUCAAACACAGAUCUCGUCCAUGGAGAAGAACCUGAGGAACAUCGAGAACGAGAACAAGAUCAUCGAGGAGCAGAAUGAGGCACUCUUCAUGGAGCUGUCUGGCCUCAGCCAGGCCCUCAUCCGCAGCCUGGCCCACAUACGCUUGCCCCACAUGCGUGAGCCCAUCACCGAGCAGAACUUUGACAGCUACGUCAGCACACUGACUGACAUGUACACCAACAAGGACUGCUUCCAGAACCCGGAGAACAAGGCCCUGCUGGAGACCAUCCACCAGGCUGUCAAAGGCAUCAAGGUCUGA